GCUCAGCUCGGCAUGGUUUGGCUCAGCCCGGCUCGCUUUGGCACGGCUCGGUUUAGCUCAGCUGGGCUCGGAUUAGCUCAGCCGGGCCGGCCAUGCUUGGGCCCGGCUUAGUUCAGCUCAGCGCGGCUUGGCACGGCUGGGCUCGGCUCAGCACAGCUCGGCUCGGCUCAGAGGCUUUGCCUGAGCUCGGCUCAGCCGCGGUUCCCCCAUCGCCCCGAGCGGGCUGGUCGGGCUGUGCCGGGCAAAGCCCCGAGCGCGGGCGCUGCCAGCGCUGCCGAGGCCGCCCCGGGCCGCGCCCCCAGGGUCACAUCCAGCGGCACCGGGAACCCCGGCACCGGACCCGGCCCUGCCCCGGGCAGCGCUGCCAGGGCCGGACAGCCUUUCCGGGAGGGUCUGCCCUCAAUGUCCCAACCGGAGCGCCACGGGACCGCGAUGUCCCGCUCUUCUCCCGGAGCUCUGAGGCUCCGGGACACCCCGGGCGGGCCGUGAGGGCCGGGCAGCGCGGGGAUGCGGCCCGUCACACCGGGAGCCGCCUGAGACCCGCGGGGCUUCCCACCACAGCCCGGUCACACCGGGAACGGGCCCGUUAGCCCCGCUCCGGGCCCGCCCCCGCCGCUCCGGGCCCGCCCCCGGUGCCGCCCCCGGUGCCGCCCGCCGCCAUGGCCGGUCCCCGCCAUAACCGCCCCCCCCGCACCACUUCCGGUACCGCCGCCCGGCCGGUCCGCGCGCUGCUGCCGUCCCCCCGGCUCCGCCCGGCCGCGCGCCCGCGUUCCGGCGCGGCCAUGCUGGCGGACGGGCCGGUGCGGCGGCUGCUGCGGGCGGGGGAGGGGGCCAGGCACCGAGCCAUGCGGAGCUGGGGGGUGCUGGGCGGCGCGGCGGCGGCGCUGGCGGCCGGGAUUUACGUCCUGUGGGGCCCCAUCACCGGCAGGAAGCGGCGGCGGAGAGGGCUUGUGCCUGGCCUCCUGAACCUGGGCAACACGUGCUUCAUGAACUCCCUGCUGCAGGGCUUGUCCUCCUGCCCCUCCUUCAUCCGCUGGCUGGAGGAGUUCACAGCCCAGUACAGGGCGGAGCAGGAGCAGCCCCAGGAGCAGCCCCAGCACCUCUCAGUGACGCUGCUGCAGCUCCUCAGAGCUCUGUCCUGCCAGGAGGGGACCGAGGACGAUGUCCUGGAUGCCAGCUGCCUGCUGGAGGUGCUGAGGAUGAACCGGUGGCAGAUCUCCUCCUUUGAGGAGCAGGAUGCCCAUGAGCUGUUCCAUGUCCUGACCUCUUCCCUGGAGGACGAACGGGAUCGGCAGCCCCGUGUCACCCAUCUCUUUGAUGUGCAUUCCCUGGAGCAACCAGAAAUAAUCCAAAAGCAAAUAAGCUGCAGGACAAGAGGAUCUCUUCCCCCUGUGUCCAACCACUGGAAAUCUCAGCACCCUUUCCAUGGAAGGCUGACCAGCAACAUGGUCUGCAAACACUGUGAGCACCAGAGCCCUGUGAGGUUCGACACCUUCGACAGCCUCUCCCUGAGCAUUCCAGCAGCUGUGUGGGGUCGUCCCAUGACACUGGACCAUUGCCUGCAUCACUUCAUCUCCUCAGAGUCUGUCAAGGAUGUUGUGUGUGACAACUGCACCAAAAUCCAGGCACAAGGAAUUCUGAAUGGACAGAGCAUAGAAAACCAGAGAACAACAUUUGUUAAGCAAUUAAAGUUAGGAAAGCUGCCCCAGUGUUUGUGCAUCCACCUGCAAAGGCUGAGCUGGUCAAACCAAGGCACUCCCCUGAAGAGACACGAACACGUCCAGUUCAACGAGUUCCUGGUCAUGGACAUCUACAAAUAUCGAGUUCCUGGUCCCAAAUCCUGCCAGGAGCAGCUCAGCCAGAAAAACCCUGAGGAGACAACCCCUGGAAUAAAGGAUGGGAGAGCAGGGAAACCUUCAGAUGCAGAACAACCAGCUGGUACCAAACCUCUCUUCAUGAAUGGUGCCUCCUCUUCCUCCUCCUCCUCUCCCUCAUUUUUAAUGUCCCCAGGAGCUUUCCCACUUGCUGCAUUCCCUGAGUGCAGGGCCCCGCUGUACCUGUACCGCCUGAUGGCCGUGGUGGUGCACCACGGGGACAUGCACUCGGGACACUUCGUCACCUUCCGGCGCGCGCCGGGCGCCCGCGGCAGCCAGUGGCUCUGGAUCUCGGACGAGUCCGUGCGCAGGGCCAGCCUGCACGAGGUGCUGGCUGCCAGCGCCUACCUGCUGUUCUACGAGCGCGUGCACGGCCGGGCCCGGCCCCAGAGCCCGGCCCAGAGCUGAGCCAGCAGUGCUGGGACCAUCCCAGCCCCUGGGAUCAUCCCAGCCCUCAAGAUCGUCCCAGCCCCUGGGAUCAUCCCAGCCCUCAAGAUCGUCCCAGCCCCUGGGAUCAUCCCAGCCCUCAAGAUCGUCCCAGCCUCUGGGAUGGUCCC